AUGGCUCCAGAUGGGAAGUUUGUGAACAUCGAAUGCGACCUCCAGGAUUUUGAGAGCGUCCGGCGUGCGGCAGCAGAGAUCAAGUCGAAGUACAGGAAGCUCUACUGCUUGUCCCUGAACGCAGGCAUUGUGGCGAUGCCGGACAAGGCGACCAAGGACGGCUUUGACGUCCAAAUGCAGACCAACCACCUGUCGCACUUCCUGCUUGCAGCCGAGUUGAUGCCGCUUCUCGAGGCCGAGGCACAAGAGAGCGGCGAUGCCCGCAUCGUCACCCACACGAGCAUGGGCCGCCUGCACACCCGGAAUCGAUGCCUAGAGGAGAAGUACUUCGGUCGAAACGGCGGUAAUCUGGGUGGCAACUCUACGGACUUCAUGGGCGAUGGGUGUUUCGCGCGCUACUUUCAGACGAAGCUGGCGAAUACUGUGUUCACCUACUCCCUGCAUGAGAAGCUGAAGAAGAGAGGCUCCAAGGUUCGCAGCAUUUCGGCUCACCCUGGCGGGUCUCAGACAAACUUUGCCGAUCAUCUGCCGCACAUGGCCUCUUCAGUGAGCACAUUUCAGUCACAGGAGGAUGGCAGCAUGGGCCUGCUCACAGCCAUGGUGAGCCUGGGUCGAAGUUCGAUGGACCCUCUUGUCCCUCUCUUGCGCAACCCCUAUCUUCCCAAAGAAAGUUGA